AUGACACAAUCAAAUGCUAGGACUCUUCCAAAACUGCCAGCAGAAGCGAUCCGUUUGGCUCACCUUCUCGAUAGCUUCUUUAAAACAAACAAAACAUGGACUGGUCUUUCGCACCCUGACCAGAGAGUUCUGAUUGGAUUUAUUGCGCAGAAAUAUGACAUGGGGUCUACUCUCGCGGCCAAUCAUAUUACCCGCUAUCCUAGAAUAUGGGCACGCGAGGAGCACCGAGUGACAGAAGCGAUUCAAAAAACGGUUGAUCUAGCCUCGCCGCUACUGGAUGGAAGUUUGAGAUCAGUUCUUAAGGCGAAAUCCAUAUUUUACAUGCCCGUCAAGCUGAUGGAGCUUAUUGAUAGACUUGACCCCAACCUCGGUCCGACAGAUGCAUUUCCGUCAUUUCUUGCUGUUCGUCUUAAUCAACAACAGACGGUUGAGUAUUUGCUGGACUCUAAGCGACUCAAAGUCAACAAGCAAACUAACACAGGGCAGACCGCUUUGUUGGAAGCGAUUCGUGUAGGCAACACAGAUGUCAUUAGGAUGCUCGCUAAAGCCGGUGCCAACGCCGAUAUUGGAAUGAGUGAAGGCAGAACCGCUCGACAGCAGAUGUCGGCUGCGGGUACUUAUAUCAAAUGGAAGACGAGCUCGAUAUGA